AUGUCUGCCGUGGACGACUAUCACACUCUUUUGCUGGCCAAAAGAGAAAAACUGAACAAAGGUAACGAUGGUAGCUUGAUUUCGCUAAUUUUGAAGGGCUUCAAGACAACCGGAAUUGCAAUUGCAGUUUGGUGUUGGGGGUAUCUGGGAAUGAGUGUGGCGUGGAUUUUUGUUCUCCUAUUUUUUCAUAUCGUCAGUGAAGAGGUAACCAAACAGAUUAAGUCCAAACGAAGGUAUGCCCUGCAGGCUAUGUGCAGUGAGAAGGGGGCCAUCUUGAGUCGAGUGGAUAAAUCUCAUGCUUCCUGGAUUUAUUUCCCAGAGGUUGAACGAGCUGAAUGGCUGAACAAAAUGGUAAAGCAGUUAUGGCCGGUGAUAGCAGAGUACGUGGAGAACUUGAUAGUGACAACCAUCCAGGAUUCCAUUCAGGGGUACAUGCCAGCUAACUUAGGGGUCUUCAAAUUCAACAACGUCGACAUGGGAGAUAUUCCAAUCAGGAUAGAGGGUGUGAAGGUAUAUACAGAUGUAAACAAGCAGGAUGAGAUAAUUGUAGACGUCAAUGUCAGGUAUGCUGGAGAUGCUAAUAUAAAGUGCACAGUUAAGGGCAUAAACUUUGGCAUCAAAUCUCUAAGGAUCUAUGGCAACUUGAGGUGCGUGAUCAACCCGCUAAUCAGUGAUGUACCUAUCAUAGGUGGAUUGACUGUUUUUUUCCUUAAUUGCCCUGAGGUUACUUUUGACAUGACAGCAGCUGCCAAUAUUCUGGACUUGCCUGUCAUCAAGAAGACAAUCAAGGACAUAGUGUGCAAUGUACUGUCGGAUUUGUGCGUGCUACCAAGGAGGAUACCGAUAGCAUUGCAUGGCAGCGUCGAUUCUACCAUGAUUAAGUAUCCCCCGCCAGAGGGCUUGGUGAUCAUACACAUGGUGGAAUGCAAGGCACUGAAGUCUGCAGACAUCAACAUCAUUGGGAAAGGAAAAUCUGAUCCUUACUGCACUAUUGGAGGCUAG